AUGUUUUCUGCACUGAAGAAAUUAACAAGAAGUGGAGAUGAUCGUUGCCCAGCACCAAUGCCUAUGUCGACUUCUUUGCAAAAGAAAUUUUCUAGAGGCGUACAUUUUAACAUGAAAAUAUUAAUAAAAGGAGAUAGAAAUGUUGGUAAGUCUUGUUUAUUACAAAGAUUGCAAGGUGGAUCAUUCACAGAAGAAUAUGUGCCUACAGAACAAAUACAAGUUGCUCCCAUACAUUGGACAUAUAAAAAUACUGAUUAUAUUGUUAAAGUUGAAGUGUGGGAAGUAGUAGAUAAAGGUCGCACUAAAAAGAAGCCUCCUCUUGGGCUUAAAUUAGAAAAUCAAUCUGCACCAUCAGUACCAGAAGAGGAAUAUGAAACACCAGUUCUAGAUGCAACUUUUCUAGAUGUUUACAAAAAUGCAAGUGGAGUGAUAUUGAUGAUGGACAUUACAAAACCUUGGACUUUUGAGUAUGUAGUUAAAGAGUUGACCCGUAUACCAGCAGACUUACCUGUAGUGUUACUUGGCAAUCACUGUGACAUGCAACACCACCGCCAAGUUCAUCCACAUCACAUAGAACAGGCUAUGCAUCAUGCUAAAAUGACAAGGACAGCUCCUAUUCGCUAUGCAGAAUCUUCAAUGAGGAAUGGCUUUGGUUUGAGAUUAUUGCAUAAAUUUCUCAGUGUACCAUUUCUAAGACUUCAAAGAACUAGUCUUUUGGAACAAUUACAGAGAAAUCAAAAAGAUAUGGAGGAAAAUGAAAAAGAAUUAGAUGAUUUUCAGAACUCAGAUGAGUCUCACUACAAUAUAUUCUUAGACCGUCUGGCGAGUAAGAGGCGGCUAAGUGCAGAACCAGAACCUAGAGUAAUCACUGAUCGCUCACCGAGUAUUGUGCUUGGAGCAGGGAAACCAAUAGUGCCACCAAAUGUUAACCCACUUCUAGCACAAUCCUUAAAUCCCACCGUAACAAAAGUACAGAGUAAUGGUAAUAACCAACCAAAACAGAGCCAAUAUGUAAGCUCAGAUUUAAUUAAGAGUAAACCACCUGUUAGUAUGGAGAUGACACCCUCAAAAUUGCCACAAGACAGUGUACCCAGCACUCCAUCAGGAACAAACAUAUCUAUGUCAGGAUCAUCAGGUGCCUUAGAUGAGUUUUAUGCGGGCACUUUGGAUAGCAGCUUUUUAGAAGAUCUUGCCCCACUUCCUAACACUAACCAAGAAAUGACUUGUGAGACUGAUAGUGAGGAUGACGCAAACCCUAAAGUAAUAGUUGACAAUGAUGAUUUGGAUAUUGAAGGUAGCCCACAGAUCACAGAAACAGUAAGAACAGAUUUAAGUGCACAAUCUGAAUCAAGAUCAAGCAAAAGUGAUGAUGUCUUAAGAAACAUGUUUAUAAGCAAAGCUGUUAUUAGCAAAAACAAUGAAGAUGUCAGCGAUAGUAUAUCAAUUAGUAACAGUACGCAAAAUAUUGAUAUGCACAGUGAUUUUCCGUUGUGGGCUGGUGAUUCAAGUGUUAGAAGAUCUCCAGAAGGUGGCGAAGAUCCUGAUCUAUCUAAAGAGCCUGAUAUUAAAGCUGAAAAGAAACACAAAAAGAAGAAAUCCAAGGAUAAAGGUAAAGGAGACUACAGCGACAAAUCUGAUCGAAAGGAAAAAAAGCAUAAACAUAAGAAAUCAAAAAGUGAAAAACCUAAUCCACAGAAAGACUUAUUAGAGCCCUCCUCCUUAACAACUGCAGAGUUUAAUUACGAAGAAUAUGACAGCAUU